AUGCCUAGCGUCAAUUUGCCUCAGAUACUGUGGCAUAGCAAGGACAAUAAGCACAGUGAUCGCGUAUAUUCACUGGACUUCAAACCUCAAGGUCACAAUUUUAACUCUACUGAUGUGAAGUCUACAAAGCUUGCAACAGCUGGCGCCGAUGAAUUUGUCCAUAUAUGGGAGAUACAGCUCCAACCUAUAAACACAAAGGUUAUCAGUAGAUUAACUGGCCACAUCGGCGAGGUAAAUUGCGUGAGAUGGAACAAGAGCGGCUCAGUACUGGCAACAGGUGGAGAAGACAAAAGUUUGUGCCUAUGGAGUGAAGUUAAGCCCGGGGAAAGUGAUGAUGAUCCGGAGUUUGAAGAAAUUUGGCAUCGAUUUAAAGUAUUUAGUCUCAGUCAAGCCAUAAAUUCUAUUUGUUGGUGCCAAUCGGAACGGUACAUUUCAGCCGCCACCGAAGAUGGCAAUAUAUCUAUUAUAGAUACAACUUCAGAACUAAAUAAAAUACAAAUAUUACCAAGCCACUCAAACAUCGCACAAGGAAUUUCAUUUGCCGAAUCGCAAUACAUAGCAUCUCUCUCCUCAGAUCAAUGUCUGAGAGUGUGGAAUCGCGAAGGAGAGGGUAAAAGGUGGAAGACUUUGCUUAUGCUAAAGAAUAAUCGAGACUGUGAUGAACUAAACCCAACAGGCGAUGUACAGGAUAAAAGGGCGCAAAAACCAGUGUUUUUAGGCGAAGAUCUGCCCUCAUUCUUUAGGAGACUAGACUUUUCCAGCAAUGGCACUCUAUUAGUGACCCCAGCUGGCAUUCAGAACGUUAUAAAUAAGGAAGCAAAUGAAACUAGUUUGCCAUGUUGCUAUGUAUUCCAUCGCAAAAUAUUGGGACUGGGAAUUCCCAUAAUUACUUUUCCAUCUCCUUCUGGUCCAACAGUGGUGGCUCGAUUCCGCCCAUUGGAAAGCUCAUGCAUCUUUGCCGUAGGGACACUCGAUGGUUCCGUAUGUUUUUACGAUGUGAAUAAGAUAGAAGGUCCAUUGGCCGUGCUUAAGGGUUUGCAUUUUGCUCCAAUCACGGAUAUAUCAUGGGAUUCCACUGGACUGGUUUGCGCCGCCAGCUCCAGCGAUGGUUACGUAUCAAUAAUCACUUUCAGAAGUGAUGAAUUAGUUGAUUCGCCCAUGAAUUUUGAUGCACAAGUUAAUUAA